AUGGCCGAAUUGCACUUCUCGGCUCAGGCACGUCCCGAGAGUGGUCUAGAGUCAACAACCGAGUCAGAAGGGGACACAAAUACCAAUACAGAGGAAAAAUUGACCAAAACGCCAGGGCGCGGAGUUGACCUCCUUGAGCCAUUUCAAGUCAAAGCAACAGCUGACCUGAAUAUCUUUGAGUCAGAUGACGAGAGCCAGGAGCAGCCGAAGGCCUGUGUGCCUAGCAACGGCGCCUCUGGAGGUAAUACAAACGAGGCCGUCAAAGGUGCGCAAAACGGUAAUCCUCCGGACGAGAGGCAGCGGCGCGCACACGGAUUACACAUUGACAUAAAGGCAUGUCUCAAGACUCUGUGUCACGGCAGAGUGCCGAUACAAUACGUCUCUGAUGGCACAGAGGCAUCCGAUUGCGCAACACACCUGUUAGUUUCGUACAAGUCAGUGCGCAAUCUCACCCCUCAGCAACACUGGCAUACCUUUUCAAGAAAUGAAGACUGUGCGCUGAGUGCAACACCAGAGAUUGGUCUAGGCCUUGCCGCAGCUUGUAAAGAGGGGAAAAAAGCAUUCGAUGAAACGCAAGACAAGUCUGCCAAUAAACAAGAGAAUGACUUCAUGCUUCACUUUGCAUCAGCUGAAGCCGUCAUUCCUCAUCCAUCCCCACGCACAGAAGUCGCUGACAACAGUGACGUGGAUCGACAUCCAGGUAUAACAGGGAACCAGGAGCUUCUGGUUCCUGCGGUAGCUCAUUUUAUUUCGCAUCCAGGUCAAGGUAUUGAUAAGAUGCCUAGCAUGCAGAAUCUUACCAGCUACGCGUACUGUGCACAAAUGGUCGAUGGCGUGCCACUUCCCCCGCCUCUAGAGAACGCUUGGUAUUUUCGAUUCACCAGCGCUGGGGACCUUAAGACACCAAUGGACUAUGCCAUAGACAAGCUGGCUCUACGAACCUGCUCCUAUACCUACUCUGCCAUGUGCGGUACUAAAUCGCUGUUGUUCAACUACUAUGUAGCCGGUGAUACCAGCUAUGACCCUGUGCUCAUCAUCCCAGACUUCUAUCAAACCCCUCUCUGUGUCGCACCUCUCAUCAACCUGCUAGUCCGAAAAAAGAAGUGUGUGUACAUACUAGACAUUUCCACAAUAGCUACUCGCCUCAUGACGCAUGAAAUUAUUGUUUGUUACACAGAGUUUAUACUCAAUGUUUGUCUUCAUUUUAGAACCGCGGGAAGAAGGCGAUCCAGCACGGUCGGGAUGGGCAUACAGGAGACGGCGAGAAAGAUCAGCCUCAUCGGCCAAGGAUCCGGUGCAAACGUUGCCCUCAAGCUUGCAAUCGCGGUCACGAUACUUAGUGAUGGCUUGGACACCCUUUACACCUAUGACUUCGCCAGGCUAGUAACUGCCCGGCUUAUGCGCGAUGGUAUGAGUAGCGUCAAUCUUACGACGAUGCUAUCUAUCCGGUCUGUUAUUCUUUGCAAUCCGCAUAUGCCCACCUUUGAGACCGUUCUGAAAAAUAAAAACGCCCUCAUGAGCAAAUUAAUCAAGCAACCAAGAACCGUUAAUUCUAACCGAUCAGCCCUACUCUAUGCCCUUGGAUAUGAUACGGGGAUGGUUGCAAGCAGUAAGAUGCCAAUCGGGGCAUUUCCCAAUCCUAGCGUGUCAACCAGCCAAACGCCGGCGUCAAUAAAGCCAAACUACUUAAGUUUCUGCCCGCAAGAGCUUCUUGACUUUUAUAAGACGCAAAUAACCACCUAUAACAAGGCGAUGUUCCUUUCGAUGUCUAUCUUGGGGAAAAUAGGUGCACCUGUGGAGGACGAAGAUGGCCCUGCUCUCAGCGUAUUUGAGAUGUACACAAGCUUGACUCCUCUGCAUCGGAGCAGCUUUCCACUGAAUAUUUUCCUGGGCAGUGACUAUAACCUCUUUAGCGGAGAGGAUCUGAACCUGCUCUCAUCUCUUGGGGAUGAUAACACCACUGUCUUGCUGCGGACCGUACCAGGAUGUGGUGUAGACAUGCUCAAUACAUGCAAGGACAUUCUAUGCCACAUGCUUUAG